AGUUUUUAUAAAUUUAAAACACUGGACAAUGUGAUAUCGGUAAAGCGAACACCAUUCUUCGGUAGCAAGUAGUGUGUCUUUUUGCCGGGUAAAAGUGCACAAUGAAACGAUGAGUACGACACUCUUCAUAUAUCUUGUGUUGGUAGGUAUUCUGCUCGUGCAUGUUUCAGCCAUAGAUAAGUUCCGUGCGGCGGUAUACGAACACAAGGUGAUAUAUCCCGGCAGCAGGUCAAAGGUCGUAACUAGGCAACAAGCGUUAAUUGAUAUGCAGAAGAAUCUUCAAAUUUACCAGGAACAAUCAAUGACGGCUUCAAGUAAGGGAGCUAGAAUUAUUGUUUUCCCCGAGUAUGGGUUAUAUGGUCUCAACUGGACGCGUGCAAGUAUACGGCCAUAUCUAGAAUACGUUCCUGAAGUCACUAGUACCAAAUGGAACCCUUGUGACAGCCCAUUGAAAUAUCCAGGCAUAGAUGUACAGAGGAACCUCAGUUGCAUUGCAAAGAAUGCAUCAAUCUAUGUAGUGGCUAAUAUAGGUGGUCGACAACCAUGUGAUAAGACUGACCCUAACUGCCCGCCGGACGGGCACUAUCAGUUCAGUACAAACGUGGUUUAUGGGUCCAAUGGUGAUUUUAUUGCAAGAUAUUUCAAGUUCAAUUUGAAUUCUGAUGAAAAUUAUUUUAACAAACCAGUUAAGCCUGAUUUGACAACAUUUGAAACACCUUUUGGUAAAUUUGGAACAUUUUCCUCAUCAGAUAUAUUACAUUUUGAACCCGCUGUUCAUCUUAUAAAAUCUCUGAACAUUACAAACAUCGCUUAUCCAACUGCAUGGCAAGACAAAUUACCUCUGAUGGCUGCAAUAGAAUUCCAUUCUGCGUUUGCAGAGGGUAUGCAAAUAAAUUUACUUGCAGCUAAUUUACAUAUUCCGCAGGAAAAUUAUCACGGUAGUGGUCUGUAUUGGCCGACUGGUACAUCUGUUAACGCAUCAUAUUAUUAUAACUCUCAAAACCAAUCUUCCGGUUACUUAAUUGUAGAGGACAUGACACCUUUUGUCAUUCCGCCAAAUGAUAGGCCAUCUUACAGACAUGAUAACUUACGUUUAGGUUCAGUUCAGCAGAUGAAAGAAUAUCAAGAACAGUUACACCGGAAAGAGCGGGAUAAGACUAGUAAAAGUAUUGCCGACACUGUUCCUGAUGAAUUAGAUAAAAUUGAUAUUACAAUAAAUGAUGACGAUUACACAGCUUUAUUGCUGCGAGGAUCGUACGGUCAACCUACUGUAUGUCAAGGAAAACUUUGCUGUUCUGCCGGAUAUGAAGGUUCGUUUGCAAAAGACGAACUUUAUGCUAUAGGAGCAUUUGAUGGAAUGCAUACAGCUGGUGAUUCCUACUACCUUCAAGCGUGCGUUUUUAUCAAAUGUGCCACUAAGUCAAGAGAUAGUUGUGGAAAACCAUCCACUUCAUCAUCAAGUUAUAUGUCAAAGAUGUCAUUUUCUGGUAAUUUUACAACAGAAUAUGUCUAUCCCGAAGUUCUAACGGACCAGGAUGGGACUCCCGGACUUGUCACAUCCGCUUGGCUUUAUCAGGGCUCCAUAAUUAUAGAUGUUGGUCUAUAUGGGGGACCUCUGUCAAUAUCUAUGAUAUCUAGGGACUAUUCUCGCGAUCCGCGGCGUAUUGUAAACGCAACAAAAAAAACCCCUAGGACAUAAGACUAUUCAAUUAUAAGAAUUUCGUCAUUGUCAUAACCACCUCCAAGCUUCAUUCAAUGCUCAAAUGUAAUCUUUAGCAAAAUAGUGAUAUGUAAUCACAUGUUUCUCUUCGUCACUGGUAACAAUAACUUUACAAUAGUAUAUUUGCAACCAGGUCUUCAGAUAACUGCAAGUUUGAGUUUUUAAAAUGUUUCCAAACGAGUAUACAUGUAUUACUAUACAUGUAUUACUAAACUUGUUGUCGUUGUUUCACCUUUCAAAUUGGCACUUAUCUGAUCAUGGCAUAAAUGUAUAUAAAUGCGUUUUUCGUUAAAUUAUUUUGCUAGAAGACAAAUUCUAUUAACAUAUAUACCGAUCUU